GCGAGAAGGCCCCUAGCUGGCUUGGGACGGGGCAGGGCUGCAAGCUGCUUGUGGGAUUGGCCCUGCCUGAGGCCGGCGGGCGGGCUGGGGGCAGGACUGUCCCCGAGCCCAGCCCGCCCCGCCGAGAGUGCGGCGGACUCGGGAAGGAGGGCUGGAGCAAGGCACUAGCGGCUUCCGCGAGCGGAGAGAACUUUAAUACCGCAAAUCAGAAGGCCAGCAUGCUGCCAGAGAAAGACUGUAAAAAACUGGGGGAGAAGGAUCCCAAGGAAGACCCAUCGGUCACUCUUUUCCGGGAGUAUCUGAGAAUCAAGACAGUCCAGCCAGAGCCUGAUUAUGACUCAGCAGUGAAAUUCCUGGAGAGAAUAGCUUCUGAACUUGACUUGCAGUGUCAGAAAGUGGAGGUUUGCCCUGGCCGUGUGAUCACCAUUCUGACCUGGAAAGGCACAAACCCACAACUCCGUUCCAUCUUGCUGAAUUCUCAUACAGAUGUUGUGCCUGUGUUUGAGGAAUACUGGCACUAUGAUCCCUUUGCAGCUUUCAAGGACUGUAAUGGAAACAUCUAUGCACGUGGAGCUCAGGAUAUGAAAUGUGUCUCCAUUCAGUAUAUAGAGGCCAUCCGAAGGCUGAAAGCUGAAGGAAGACAUUUCCCAAGAACAAUUCAUAUGAGUUUUGUCCCAGAUGAAGAGAUUGGGGGCCAUAAAGGGAUGGAAAUGUUUGUGAAAGGACCUGAGUUCAUGACUCUUAAUGUUGGCUUUGCCUUGGAUGAAGGUCUGGCAAACCCAUCAGAUACCUUCACUGUAUUUUAUGGCGAGAAAUGUCCUUGGUGGAUUAAAGUGAAAGUAGAAGGGAACCCAGGACAUGGAUCUAGAUUCAUUGAGGAUACAGCUGCUGAAAAGCUGCACAGAGUGAUCACUUCCUUCCUAGAGUUCAGAGAGCGUGAAAAACAAAGGUUGAAAUCAGAGAAGCACCUUACCUUAGGCGAUGUAACCUCCCUUAACCUAACCAUGUUGAAUGGGGGCAUCUCCUUCAAUGUGGUCCCCUCUGAGAUGUCUGCUGCCUUUGACAUCCGCAUACCACCUACAAUGGAUUUAAAGGCAUUUGAGGAGCAGCUCACAGCCUGGUGCCGGGCAGCUGGGGAAGGUGUUACCUAUGAGUUCCACCAGAAAUACAUGGAUCAGUCGAUGACCUCCACAGAGGAAUCUGACCCCUGGUGGAAAGCAUUCAGUAGCACCUGCAAGGACAUGAACAUGAAACUGAAGUGUGAGAUUUUUCCUGCUGCCACAGACAGUCGCUAUAUCAGGGCAGCAGGCCACCCAGCCAUUGGCUUCUCCCCCAUGAAUCACACUCCUGUGCUGCUGCAUGACCACAAUGAAUUCCUGAAUGAGCAGGUCUUUCUUCGUGGGAUUGAGAUCUAUGCCCAUCUUAUCCCAGCACUGGCUAGUGUGUCUCCUCUACAAGCAGAGGCCUGAGAAAAGGUUAUAAGCAAGAGGCAGCCGUUUGAAGAAAAAAGACAUAGAAACCAAAGAGAGAGAUGGGCAGUUGAAAAUUAUAUUCUUUCCUGUUGUGACACAAGACACUCCUAGGGGGAUGUAGGCCUUAGAUAUUGUGUUGAGAGCUGGUGACUUGCUUAGGUCUGGUGGUAUCCCAGGACAAACUAUGGAACUCCAGCAUCCCUGAAUGAUACCACCUGGGGCAAGACAUGUUUAAAGCAGAUGUUUAGACUGGUGCAUCUAAAGCUGGAUUUUUUAGGUGUCUGUGACUGGCUCCCCACUCCUUACUGAAACACAUAUAACGUAUCCUUAUUUUCCAGUUCCUGGACUAAAGUUCUCAGUUCCUAAGCUUCCUUAUCGACACCUGUCCAUUUCAGAAAAUCUCCCUGGCUCCUGAUUCUCAUCAUAGAGGCUUCUUGGGAUAAGUAGGGAAGUGUGUUUACCCUCCAUUGGCCUUGGCUGUACCCCUAAUUCCAAAGUUGUGCCAUUAUUUCAUGUGAUCCUUAUAGAAAAGCAUCAGUUCUCCAGCUGCCAGACCCAAAAGAAAGGCAAUGAGGGGAGUCAGAGAAGCCUUAACUUGUAGGUAUAACUAUGCUUUCUAUUUGGAUACCUCCUGUUGAUACCUCCUGUACCUGCUUUAGUGGCUUUCACUGUUGCCAUGCCUGACAAGCUCUACCACCUGAGAACAAACCUUUUGGAGGGCUCAGGCAUCACGGAAAAAUCUUCAUUUUAGCUCUACUGUCUAUAUGCUUUAUGGCUUUAGACAAAUCACCUUUUCUUUUUGUGUCUCAGAUUCCUCAUUGGUAGGGGGGCAUGAAUGAUGGAACUGCUUCCAAACUACCCAGGAUCCUCCAGUGAAAUAUAAUGAUUCUAAAACGGUCUGGGGAGUGAAAGCUGUUAUAUAAAUGAUUCAGAAUGCAUAGAAAAUGGCAAAUCCUUGGGGUGGAGGAACAGUAUUCAAUGGGGCCAUUGAAUUUGUACUACCCUCUCUCCCCCACCACAGUGGAAGGCAAUCUUCAUGAAUUUCUACUCCUUGAACAGCACAGUUACUGGCUGCAGCACACCGCCUUAAGUUUCCAUACUGAACUGCUCUUUAAUAAUGCCAGAAAAAACAGAAAAUCCCCCAAACACGCCAAAUCACACACAAAUUCUAGCAAUUAUAUAUAGUGUAUAAUGACCCAGUGACAAAAUUACAAAAAUCCCAAAAGGUCCAAGAAAAAGCAUGCAACAAUCACUAAUACCUUCAGUAUACAAAACAGUGUAACAAAGCCAACAGGCAAGCAAUACAUAAGAAAUAUACAGAAGUAUGAAACAACAGUCUUCAAAAUAUACAGACACACAGGAUAUAAUAUCAAAAAAUGAGAACAGGAUAUUCUCAACAGGAUUUGAUCAAUAUAUUGACACAUUUUGGUACCAGAACCUUUCUCAAGAGUAAUAUUGAGGGUGUAUUAAUUAUACAAUUUCAAAACCAUAACAGGCAAUGUAAAAAAGUUCCAAAAGCUUCAAAAAUAAUAUCCAACAUAAUAUCCAGCGCAAUCAAAAGGGCUAAGAACAGAGUUCUUAAUAUUCUUUCAGUAUUACUCUUGACAGUUCUGGUACUGAAAUGGGUCAAUAUAUUGAUCAAAUCCUGUUGAGAAUAUCCCGUUCUCAUUUUUGGAUAUCAUAUCCUUUGUGUCUGUACAUUUUGAAGACUGUUGUUUCAUAGUUAUGUAUAUUUCUUAUGUUUGCUCUCCUGUUGACUUUGCUAUACUGUUUUGUAUAUUGAAUGUAUUAUUAAUUGUUGCAUGCUUCAUCUUGGACCUUUUGGGAUUUUUAUAAUUUUGUCACUAGUUCAUUAUACACUAUAUAUCAUUGCUAGAAUUUGCGUGUGAUUUGGUCUGUUUGGGGGAUUUUCUGUUUUUUCUAGCAUCUGUUCUCCUGUCCUAGUUGUUUUUUUUUUAAAAAGAAAAAAAUGCCAAGCAGAAUGAAUGAGUUGAAUGACUGAACCUUGCAUGCAAGAGUCAAAUGCUUCGGACAUCUGAGUGCCCAACAUUGUGGGGGAAUUGUUUUCCUUUUGGGAUAAGGAAGAAGUUUGUGUAUGUAAAGCUAUCCUGUCAAAUGUUUUGAGGAGGUCUGCUUUCCUCUACCCAGUUCUUUGUAAGUUAAGUGCUAUUGCUAAAUGCGCAGCUUACUGCUGAAGUCAGUGAUUUCCAUCGGCGUGCUACAGGGCUAUCAUUGCAUUUGACUACCAUUAGAAGAAAGCAUGCACAACCUGACCCCUGCAUUGGAUGACCAGCUAGCCUGGAGGGCCUACAGCAGGGAUAUGGAGGCCAAAGCCUCCACCUGGUGUUCUUCCCUCCACUCCAGCAAUAGCUGAUCAGAGGCAUUCUGCAUUUGAACAUGGAAGUCCUAUUUGGCUGUUAUGGCUAAUAAUCACUGAUGGAUAUGUCCUCAUGAAGUUGGCUCACCCCAUUUAAAGCCAUCUAAGUUACUGGUCAUCACCACAUCCCAUGUCAGCAAAUUCCACAAGUUGCGUGUAGAAGAAUUUCCAGCAAGUUGUGUGUAGAAGAAUUUUCUUAAGUCAAGCACAUCUGUGUGGAAUCGCAUCUAUAAGUGGAAACCUCUAUCUUUCCCAGGCCUCUCAAACUAUGCAAAAUGAAAGGAAUUUGUUUGAAGACUGACCUCAUUCCUGGGCUUAGCAUCUAAGAGUGGAAGGGGCUGACUAGUUGCAAAAAGUAUCUUUGCACAGUGGGAACGGGGGAAAGAGAGAAAGAUGCUUCAUAGUGACCAGUGGAAUCACCAUUAACCAAGCUUAGAAAGACUUUCUCAAGUGGUGUGCCUGAAUUCCCCCUCCCCAUGAAUAGUAUGAAUGGUUUCUGAUUUAAUUUUGCUUCCAGAACAUAUGUCGGAGCCUCUAGCUCUUUCAUCUGCCUCCACAGGUUUAUGACUUCACUAAAUAAAAUUGUUCAUUUGGAAAGGAAA